GUCAAAAGACCGCAACUAUUUUCAUGAUUUUUAGAAAAAUGGUUAUUUUUUAAUAUUUAGAAGGAGUAUUUGCUAAACAAAUUAAUCAUGGAUGCACUUGAUGAGCUAUUCAAGAUAGGUAAAGAACCCAAAACAGAAAAGGAAAUGAUUCUGGCUUACAUCAAAGUGCAAGCGCUUGAAGUUUGUGAAGAUUCUCAUAAUGAACUAAUAAAGUGUUAUCAAAAAAGAUGGUUUCCUGAUUGUAACAAACAACAAAGAGACUUUUGGAAGUGUUAUGAAGAGACAUCUAUCAAACUUAGGAAGAGACAUGCUGUAUACUGAGGAUAUUUGUAUAGAAAUUCGUGAAUUAUUUGUAAAUAGA